AGCAGAAGCUAGGCUGGUUCCGCCCCGCGAGCGGCCAUCUUGGAGGCUGAGGCGGCGGCGGCGGCGCUGCGGCGGGUUCGGUGGGCCCAGUCCCCGGGCGGUGCGGCUGUUUCGGGCGCGGGCCCCGCUUUUCCGCACCCUGCUCCGGCCUCGACCACGGCGAGCCUGAGCGCGGCGGCGGCCCACGCGCAGCGACAGGGAGAGAUGAGCAGCACCAGCAAUAAGAGGGCUCCAACCACAGCAACCCAGAGGCUGAAGCAGGACUACCUUCGCAUUAAGAAAGACCCGGUGCCUUACAUCUGUGCCGAGCCCCUCCCUUCGAAUAUUCUCGAGUGGCAUUAUGUCGUCCGAGGCCCAGAGAUGACCCCUUAUGAAGGUGGCUAUUAUCAUGGAAAACUAAUUUUUCCUAGAGAAUUUCCUUUCAAACCUCCUAGUAUUUAUAUGAUCACUCCCAAUGGAAGAUUUAAGUGCAACACCAGGCUGUGUCUUUCUAUCACGGAUUUCCACCCGGACACGUGGAACCCGGCCUGGUCUGUCUCCACCAUCCUGACUGGGCUCCUGAGCUUCAUGGUGGAGAAGGGCCCCACCCUGGGCAGUAUAGAGACGUCGGACUUCACGAAAAGACAACUGGCAGCGCAGAGUUUAGCAUUUAAUUUGAAAGAUAAAGUCUUUUGUGAAUUAUUUCCUGAAGUUGUGGAGGAAAUUAAACAAAAACAGAAAGCACAAGACGAACUCAGUAGCAGACCCCAGACUCUCCCCUUGCCAGACGUGGUUCCAGACGGGGAGACGCACCUCGUCCAGAACGGGAUUCAGCUUCUCAACGGGCAUGCGCCGGGGGCCGUCCCGAACCUCGCAGGGCUCCAGCAGGCCAACCGGCACCACGGACUCCUGGGUGGCGCCCUGGCGAACUUGUUUGUGAUAGUUGGGUUUGCAGCCUUUGCUUACACGGUCAAGUACGUGCUGAGGAGCAUCGCGCAGGAGUGAGGCUCAGGCGCCGAGACCCAAGGCGCCACGACCCAAGGCGCCACUGAGGGCACCGCGCACCAGAGCGUGACCUUGGCAGGCUGGACACACUGCCCAGCACAGGCAGACCCACCAGGCUCCUAGGUUUAGCUUUUAAAAACUUGAAAGGGGAAGCAAAGACCAAAAUGUGUGACUGGGCUUUGGAGGAGACUGGAGCCUCAGCCCUGCCCUGGCCACGGGCCGCUGGGGCUGGUGUGCUGGAUUUGUAGCAUAUCUUCCGUGUUGUCUUUGGACCUGUUUUAGUAAACCCGUUUUUCAUUUUAUUAGAUGUGGUCACUUAGAAAUGCAAACUUGCUGCCGACCGCGGGCUGCUCCUGCGUUCUUGGAGCUCCCGGCUCGUUUCUCGGAGCUCCCGGCUCCUCAGCGGGUGGGAGGGGCCCGGGGGUGGAGCUGGCGUCCGCGGGUGCUGGUCUGGCCCGGCCGUGUAGUGACGAGGCUUAGCGGGGCCAGUGACAGCCGUGGCUCAGGAUCCAGGGAGCCCCGGUUUGGUCUCAGCAUUUACAAAUCUGUUUACAGUCAGAAUGAAACACAUUCCUUCUAGAAAGUGCUUGGGGGUUUUUGCUGCCCUGGAAGCCAGGAGCCUGCUCACUCCGACCACAAGGUGUCGCCCUUGACUGCGGCGGCCGCGAGCGGGGCGGGGGCUGCUGGUGCCUCCUCGGGGUCGGUGCUGCAGGCUGGGGGGCCUCGGGUACCUGCAGAGCCUUUUCUCUGAAUUCCUUAUGUCCGGUGGCCCAGAAGCCCGUCCUCCUGUGCUGGUGGAAGGCGGAGGACCGGAGUCCCUGCAGGAGGCCCCGCGACCGGCAGGCUGGCCCCAUGCACUCAGGGGCCUCCCUCACAUCCCGCGCCCCGCUGCGCUGGCCCUCACAGUAGGUAACGGCUCCGGCCCGGGUGUUCGCUGUCCACAGAGGAUGGCAGAGGGGCACCCCGGCCCGGGAAAGACGCCAGAGCCGGCAGGGGCUGUUUCGGGCCCUGUGGCUCCCUGGGUCGCGGCUGUCUCCCCUCUUGUGUGUCUGUUCCGUGACUUCGCCCGGGUGGGAUGUGCCUCAGGUGCAUCGCGUCGAGGUGGGGCACGGCCGCCGGCAAGAAACCUACACUGUCCGGAGGCGGUCGUGAGACCAGCCCAGCCCGCACGCGCUCAUCUUUCUUCGUUUUUUGAUCAGUUUAUUCAGAAUUGCUCUAUAAUUUACCAAUUGUAUGUAUUUAACCUAUUCUUGUGGAAAAAAAGGUCUUUCAUUAUAUCUUUA